AGAGAGAGGGCUGGAUCUUGCUAAUUGUGAGUCCAACAGGACCCAAAACUCAGUGAGAGACCGGCAGGCCGUGCGUCACCGCUCCUCUCUCCGUCUUCGUGUCGCCUGAGCGGGGAUUAGAUUCAGCACGAUCCCGGGCUGGGCAGGACCGGAGAGGACAGGACAGAGCAGCACGGAUGUCCCGACUGAACUCGGAUCCCGAAAACUGACCAGAUUUGAGUGAUUUUUUUUUUGUUCUGUUUAUUUUUUCUUUUUUGGAGGAGAAGAAGCGGGGGCGCGCGGGCUCUCCGGUGAUCGGUGUUUCUGCUGCCAUGAAGCUGCCGGGCUGGAUGGCGGUGGCGCUGCUGCUCGCGCACUCAGUGUCGACACAGCGUCGCUCAUCACGCCCAGUAGAUCAGGAGAGCUCUGGAGAUGAUCUCUAUGAUGACGAGGAUUAUUUCUCUGGUUCAGGCUCAGGCUACUCAGCGAUUGAGGUAGACGCCACUGAACGGAGUCCGUCCUUCCCCACAAAAGAACCCCUCCCACUUUCAACCACACAGGCCACUGGACCUGCCCCUUCGGCCCCACCUGCUGCAGAGCCCAGCAGCUCCCCGGCGCCAGAAACAGAAAGGGAGAGCGGUAUGGACAGCGAAAGGGAACUGGAGCUGGAGAUGGAAAAAAAGAGGGAGCUGGAAAUGGAGAGAGAGCGGGAAAGAGAACGAGAGAGGGAGAGGGAGCGAGAGAGGGAGAGGGAACGAGAGAGGGAGAGGGAACGAGAAAGGGAGAGAGAAAAAGAGAGGGAGCGAGAACGUGAAAGAGAACGUGAACGUGAAAGAGAACUCGAACGUGAAAAGGAGAGAGCGAGGGCGAGGAGUACAGUUGCACCCAGAAUCCCCUUUAUUUCAAUAAAGACCACAAACUCUAUAAGUACGGAUGAGACCCCCACUCCCGAUGAGGAUACGGAGGACCCUGGCACCACAGACAAAGCGGACGGUAUAUUCUUCUCUACAGAUUCCUACUUUUUGGAAUCACUCAACACAGAGGACUUCGUCAACGGUGACAGAACAACCACCGAUGCGGCUCCCAUCACUAUUGCUUCCACUACGGCAUUGCCGAUCACGGCUCUCGCCCCCACACCCAGUACUCACUCUCCGCGGUCACGGAAACCUCAACCGAUGCCCAGUAUCACUCCUCCACGACCACGGAAACCUCAGACCACACCCAGCACAGCCACAGCCACUGAAAGUACACACCCAGUGCCCACCUCUACAGUGCAGAUAAAAACUCCAGACGCUGACCUAAAUAAUGAAGUUGCAGUUGUUGGUCCCAGUGGGGACUCUGAGAUCCGCGAGGAUGAAGGACGACGAGGAAAUGAAGUGGGCCAUGGCAAAAAUGAUGUGGGGACGGGUCCUGAUUUGGCUGGCAACACAAUAGAUGCAGGAAGUUCAGCUGCUCAGCUUCCUCAGAGGAACAUCCUGGAAAGAAAAGAAGUUUUGAUAGCGGUGAUUGUCGGAGGUGUAGUCGGCGCACUCUUCGCUGCAUUCCUGGUCAUGCUACUUGUAUAUCGGAUGAAAAAGAAGGAUGAAGGCAGCUACACUCUGGAGGAACCCAAACAAGCCACAGUCACUUAUCAGAAACCAGACAAGCAAGAGGAAUUCUAUGCCUAACAAAAAAUCUACACACUCUUCUUCAUUGUUUUUUUGUUUUUUGCAUCCGUCCAUCCUUCUUAGCCUCUUCUCCCUCUGACCCUCCUUUCUUCCUGUCAUUUCUGUCUCUGUUUUUUCCUGACUCCCUCCUUUCUCCAUGAGAGUGCCUGCCACUCUGCGAACUUUGUUUUGAAUGGGAUAAAAAGAUUAUUAAAAAAAAAAAAAAAAAAAGGCUUUGGACAGAAUUUUGCAGAUCUGCUAGGGAGGGAUAGGGACUCCAUACAUACAAAAAAAAAAGAAAAAAAGAAAAACACCUUUUUUAAUUACAUGUUGCUAUUGAUAUGUUUAAGAUUGUUGUUCUAUAAAAUUAUGACAUCAAACCUUUUGUAAAGACACAUGUUCUAUAAAUGCACAAUAUUCCUCUCCAGCUGAGAGCAUGGAAGUCGAGAAGCAUGACAGAGGGAGUGAGGAGGGAGAAAGCUCUGAGAAGUUUGAGAAGGCUGGUGGGACAAAAUGGGUCAAAGGAAAGAGAGAAAAAAAACGAUAAAGGCAGGAUGAGAGAGGAAGAGAGGUGGAAAAGGAAUUUCGAGGCUGCGACGAAACUAUUCUGAAACGGUCAUGCUUCUGUCACAAGGGUCGCGUUGUGCCUUCCAUUCCCCUGGUGCUAGAAGCUGAGCAUGACCACAGAAUAGUGUGUGUGUGUGUGUGUGUGUGUGUAAGGCUGCGGUGUCGUGAAGUCGCUGCCAUCCCUGACCUUAGUAAGCCCAGUUACACAGCCAGAGCCACACACACACACACACACACAGACACUAGCACAUGGUGCGACUCCCUCUGUUGGUGAGAGUGUAUGUCAGCAAGACUGGCCUAAAUGACUAGAAAUCCUUAUCUUCUGAGCAGGGAGGUUUUAAAAACUUUGAUUGACACAGCACAUAAACAUUAAGGAAACAUUUGCUGUUUGCUGUGAUGGUGCGCAUGCAACAAAACAGGAUUAGCCUUUUCUCUGUUCUGUACAAAGACAAUAAUUAGUUAUCAAUAGUAAAAAAAAAAAAAAAUCAGUAAUAUAUCAGCAGUUCUGAAUGGAUGGUAAGAGAUGAUAAUAUUAGUAGUGAAGGAUAUCUAUUUAGCUGUGCAGUAAAAGUUUUACUGGUGUAAAUAUCAACUCUUUUAAAAAUUUUUUUUUUUUAAUUACGUUUAUUUCAGUUGAUCAUGCUUUUUUUGAGAUCAUGCCUUUACCGUGGUAAACAUCUGCGCACACAUAAUUCACGUCAAAAAAAAUCAAUCAGUACCGAUGUUUCAGUAAAAGUAAACCGGGACUUUAUUACCCUCUUGUCCGUUACUUCAGUGGGGAAGAAGAAGAAAAAAGAAAAAAAAAACAUUCCUUAUGUUUCCAGUAUUUUAUUGAUGUUUUAUCAGGUAAAAAGCACAAGCGCGCAAGAAUGUGUCUGACUUCCUCAUUGACACUCAGUCACCAUCACGCAUUUACAGUAUACACACAAACACACACGUACACAAUACUACACCAUUAGUGGUCCAGUCCUCAGAAUGAAUUAAGAGUUAAAAGGCAUGGACGGUGUCCACGAGACAUGGCUCAGGAAGUCAUGGUUCUCGAGAAGACCUGCAUUUAAUACAGUGAAAUGUCAGUUUAAGGUAUUUUGUUGGGGAAAAAAAAUAUCCGGAGAAGGUCAUAAGGUUUCGUCACGUUGUUUUUGAUUAUGUUGCAACAUCGUCUCAAAGUGCUGGACAUCGAGGUCAAUAAUAAUAAUAAAAAAAAACGAAACGGCUGCACAGUUAGAGUUAGGUGAAAGUGCAUGAUGUAGCAAUAACGCAGCUAUUACCAUCGACACACCCAUAAUGCUGUCACUCUCCAGUGCUGCUUGAGGGAGAAUGUACACACACACACACGCUCACACACACACACACUCUCUCUCUCAUGGAGAUUUCCACUGCCUCGCCUUAUUGUAACCUUAACGAACGCUGUAGUGGCGUUACAUGUUUGUCAUGUAUCAUUCCCUGUGUUACAGCGGUGGCUGAUGAGAUGAGCGAGACCAUAGCACAACGUUAGAGCACUGAGCGGUGCUUACUUAAUACGUUCCUCACUGCCCACUGUAGCAAUUCACUGGGAGGUAAGCUAACUAAUUCAUGACAUAUCACUAUGAGGGGAGUUGACCAGGCCAGGGCUAGGACUCUAUUCGACUGCACUAAACCACAUUUCUUAACUCGAACCUACCCAUUUUAUAUAUAUAUAUAUAUGUACACACCACGUUAAUAUAGAGCUGUAAUACUUCCAUCAAUAGAUUAAGUAACACACAAAUGGAAAGCUUCUUGUGUGCUGAUUUAAAGCAGGAAUAUCAGACACCACAGCAGAAUUCGGGUUUAUUUGUAAUCCAGUUCAUAACUCAAUUAACCGCCAGAGCUUUCAUUAGUUCAAUUUGGUGAAUAAAUUACAGUCUGACCCCCUGAUUUAAAUAAUAAU